AUGGCUCCGAUUUCUACAGCAGUAGGUUGCGCUGUGGGCAUACCCAUUGGGCUUGGUGUAUUGGUUGCACUGUUCUUUUGGGCACGCAUGCAGAGAAGGCUUAAAAAAGAGGAAGAAGAGGAUAAAGAACUGCAAAACGUACUUCAAGACAAUGAAUCGAUCGCGUUCGGAAAUCUAGAGUCGCUAAAACAGCCUGAAGUUUGGGAAAACAAGAAACAUGUGUCGGGUGAUAUUGCCAAAGAGGAUACAGAGGUUUGUUACGACCACAAGGUCUCUGACCAUCAUAUCUCGGGAUCCGGAUCUUCUGAUGGGUCGGUGAGCCACGAAGAGAAACUUUCCGCAAGCGCUGCUGGCAACGAUAAGGGAAGGAAUAGCAAACUGUUUGUCCCCGCAUACCGAAGGAAGAUUAAUACACUUCAAGCCAAGCUAACCGGAAGUGCUGGCAAUAGCACAAGAAAUAGCUCCAGCACUUCACUCACGUCAUCGCAGAAAAUACCCAGGACACAAGUAAGUGUGUACGAUCAGAUGAUUCCGGUAGUGGCAUCCGAUGCUCAAGGGAUCUUCGAUGAUAACGAAGAAAAGGAUCGACAGUCGAGUAAUGAUCAUCUCAUCAGGAAUCUCAACAAUCAGGACUUUGGCUCGUACCCAAGACGUGCCUCUUCAUCGAGCUUGAGCCAGUUGCAUUCAACCAACCACUCGUCAUCCUCUUUCCACACACGGGCAUCCUCCCUGAGCUCCGCAUUAAAGCCGGGAGCACCGGCGGAAAACGUCUUUGCAACGCCGAAAAGUGAGAAAGUGUUGGGCAACAAAUCUCGGACUGAUGACAGGGUGGACAAGCAAGACAGACAGGGAAAACAUGACGACGUUUACCUGCUGAAAAACAAUUAUGACAUAACAAAUUCCAGUGAAAUAGCGGAGGAGGAUCAGUACGAAAACGAGUUUACAAACUAUUCAGCAAACAAACGAGAAUUCAUCGAUAGUCUGAGGCCGAAAAAGCUUUAG